GCCCGGUCGAGAUGGAGGAAGAUGCGACCGGAGGCCAUCAGUCGCCAGAAACAGAGGAUAGAGUGGGAGCUGCGGCGUAGAGGUCUGCGCUUGGAGUUCACCUCAGACGGGGCGGAACCGCCCUGAUGUGAGAAGGACAUCCUGGGUCAUCUGUUGGGUCUCCAUAUGAAGCACUUUAACCUUUGUGUCUAAGCUGUGUUAAAAGAUGGGGGAAAAUUCAGAAUUGGAGCCAUGCACACAAAUAAGGAUCUGGGAAAGAGCCAUAAAGAAGCUGGGCUGAUUGAAUUGGAAGAAAGGAAGGCUGAAGGAAGUGAGCAUACAGGUCUCCAGGCACAAUGGAGGACAAACGUAACAUCCAGAUCAUCGAGUGGGAACACCUGGACAAGAAGAAGUUCUACGUGUUUGGUGUGGCAAUGACAAUGAUGAUCCGUGUCAGCGUCUACCCAUUCACCCUCAUCCGCACUCGCCUGCAGGUUCAGAAAGGCAAGAGCCUCUACCAUGGGACCUUUGAUGCCUUCAUCAAGAUCCUACGGGCAGAUGGUGUGACUGGCCUCUACCGGGGGUUCCUGGUCAACACCUUCACCCUCAUAUCUGGCCAGUGCUAUGUUACCACUUAUGAGCUCACCCGGAAGUUUGUAGCUGACUACAGCCAGAGCAACACAGUCAAAUCACUGGUGGCCGGUGGCUCGGCCUCUCUCGUGGCUCAGAGCAUCACGGUGCCCAUUGAUGUGGUCUCCCAGCACCUGAUGAUGCAGCGCAAGGGUGAGAAAAUGGGCCGCUUCCAAGUGCGAGGGAAUCCAGAGGGACAAGGGGUAGUUGCCUUUGGCCAAACCAAGGACAUCAUCCGACAGAUCCUGCGGGCUGAUGGACUUCGUGGCUUCUACCGGGGCUACGUGGCUUCGCUGCUUACUUACAUCCCAAACAGUGCCGUCUGGUGGCCCUUCUACCACUUCUACGCAGAGCAGCUCUCAUCCCUCUGCCCUAAGGAGUGCCCUCACAUCGUCUUUCAAGCCAUCUCGGGGCCUCUGGCUGCAGCCACUGCUUCCAUCCUCACCAAUCCCAUGGAUGUCAUCCGAACCCGAGUACAGGUUGAGGGCAAGAACUCCAUCAUCCUGACCUUCCGACAGCUGAUGGCAGAAGAGGGGCCUUGGGGCCUCAUGAAAGGCCUCUCCGCCAGAAUCAUCUCAGCCACGCCCUCAACCAUUGUCAUUGUGGUGGGCUACGAGAGCCUCAAGAAACUCAGCCUCCGACCUGAGCUGGUGGACUCACGACACUGCUACCAGAGAUUCACUGACUGUUACAAGUGCUUCUACCAGUUGCAGCCUGAGAUGACACAACGCAUCUAUGACAAGUUUGUAACUCAGUUGCAGACAUCUAUCCAGGAGGAAAUCUCUGAAAUCAAAGCGGAGGGAAACCUGGAAGCUGUCCUGAAUGCGCUGGAUGUGAUUGUGGAAGGAAGCAAGGACUGCGAGCAGCCGGCUUGGCGCCCUAGUGGGAUCCCAGAGAAGGACCUGCGCAGCACUGUGGUGCCCUACUUUCUGCAGCAGCGGGACGCCCUGCAGCGCCGUGUGCAGAAACAGGAGGCUGAGAACAGGCAGCUGGCAGAUGCCGUCCUGGCCGGGCGCAGGCAGGUGGAGGAGCUGCAGCUGCAGGGCCAGGCCCGGCAGCAGGCCUGGCAGGCUCUACACAGAGAACAGAAGGAGCUGGUGGCCGUGCUGAGGGAGCCUGAGUGAGGAGGAGAGGGCCCGGCCCAGGAGCAGAGGGCAGUCAAGGUCAAGGGCCUGUGGUCCAGGAUGCUGAGCCUGAGUGAGCUGCUUCCGAGAACAGUCCCUAAGCAGUGAUGGAAUUUGCCGGAGAAGGAGGCCUCAGCUGUGUCCACUGCCAUUGUGCCUCUGGGGCUCCCUUGGGAUCAAAAACACACACUACCUUCAGAUUCCUCCCUGUUUUCUUCUAACUUUAGGCAUCUUGGCCAGCUCCCGCCCUGGGAAUUAGGCACCAUGCUUCCUCUCCUUUAGGUUCAGGCCAACCCCCCACCCUACCCCCAUCACACAUAUCGCCUAUUCCUGAGCCCUCCCUAGGACCUGGCUUGGGGAAUCUGUAUUCAGUUUCCACUGAUUGCCCCCUUGCUGGCCAGCCCAAGGGCCCUUGCCAUGUUCUCCCCACAUCCACAAAUAAACUUCCUCCACUACACUGUAAUCUGUGAGGAU